GGCCACCACUUGGGUUUUUUAAAGGACUGGGGAGUAAUCUUAAUGCUCCCUUUGCCUUGCAACUAAUAUAUAUAUAAGCUAAUUCCCCGCCCGCCUUACUACCAAGUCACUCCGAUCCAAAAUCAAAUUCUCCGAUUCACAUCAUCCUGCAGUUUCCUUGUUAAUUUCUUCAAUCAUGGAGUUCCAAGAGGGGAUCAAUUGUAGCUCCUUCACCGAGGUACAGGGCGAGGAGAUGGACCUGAGGAGGGGGCCGUGGACGGUGGAGGAAGACCUCGUUCUCAUGAAUUAUAUCACUGCUCACGGCGAAGGCCGAUGGAAUUCCUUGGCUCGUUGUGCCGGGCUGAGGCGAACGGGAAAGAGCUGCCGGCUCCGAUGGCUGAACUAUCUCCGCCCCGACGUUCGGCGGGGAAACAUCACGCCGGAGGAGCAACUCCUCAUCCUCGAGCUCCACUCGCGCUGGGGAAACCGGUGGUCGAAGAUCGCGCAGCACCUGCCGGGGCGGACCGACAACGAGAUCAAGAACUACUGGAGGACGCGCGUGCAGAAGCACGCGAAGCAGCUCAAGUGCGACGUCGACAGCAAGAAGUUCAAGGACGUCAUGCGCUACCUGUGGGUGCCCCGCCUCGUCGAGCGCAUCCGCGCCGCCGGCGGCGCCUCUGUUCCGGGGUGGGCGGAGGAACCGGCGCUCGGCGUCGCCAAGCGGAUGAGUCCCUCGGACUCCUUCGGGAUGCAGCUCUCGCCGCCCGAUCCGGUUUCCGACGGAUACGAGGACGGCGGGGUGGCGAAGCGGGCAGAGGACGACCGCAAUUGGUCGGAGUCGGUUUACGAUGACCUGGCGUUGCCGGACUUAGACCAGAACACGUGGACGGACAGUCUAUGGAGUCUUGAAGACAUUUGGUUGCAGGAACAGUUCUAAUGUUAUAUUUUUCUCCUUUUUUUUUAGCAGUAUUUCUCAAAGUUGUAAUCGUCAUUUCCGAAGGGAAGAAAUUAAAGCCAUCUUUGUUUUUUUAUAUAUUCUAAAUGUUUAAAUUACCCAAAAACAAUUAAUGCUAAAACACCUGGAACAGUGGGAACUUAAAAUC